AUGCUUUUGGCUAUGGCUGGAGUUAUGACAUAUGGAUUCUGGAAAGUAGGAAAGGGAAUUCGGGAACAGAAUGAACUUGCCCGUGAAAAAAUGUGGUCUAGAAUCCAUUUGAUUCCACUUUUGACAGCGGAAACCGAUCGUGACCUUGUCAGAAGACAUUGGGCAGAUUUGAAGAGAGAAAAGGAAUUGUUGGGUAGCGAGACUAGUCCAUAUAACAGUGAUAGAUACGUCAGACCUACAUACGCAGUAACUCCUAUUCAAGUCACCAAGGAUUAA